AUGUUUGUAUAUGCGCCCGCCGCAGACCGCCCUAUUCCACUGGCACGCGCCACGGGCCACGAGAGCCCUGCUGCCAGCAGCCUCGUGUCGCCGCUCUCGUUGGCGCAGCAGCAGCGAUUGGCCUUUGCGCCGUCGCUCGACGGCGUCACCGCCCAUCUGACCUGCGCAGCUCCUGCAGCUCCUGCAGCUCCCGCUGUCAGUCUUCUGCUCUCACGCACCUCACUCGCCGCACGCGGAUUAGAGGAAGCGGCAGCGUGGGAAGCAAAGCAGAUGGAGGCGGCGCGGCAUGCCAAGGAGCUGCUGCUGGCGGAGGUUGAGCGGCUAAGUGCAGCAAGGGCCAAGAGCAAGAAGGGCAAGAAGAAGAAGAAGAAUGUGGGCGUGGGCGAUACGGGCGCCGCUAGGCUCAACGAGGAGAUGCUGUGCAGUUAG